AUGCCACAUAUGUUGUUACGUGAUAGGGAGGAGGAAAUUGCUAGGCUUCAUGAUAGGAAGCCAACGUACUUUUUUAUGGAUCCAUUCUUCAUUCCCCUAGCGAAGACGAAGAAUUGGAAGAACCCCGAAUUCUACGUGAAGUUGCAUAACUUCUACUGUGACUAUGGAAGUGCUGAAGUGGAGCCGACGAUCAACAAUGUUGAUUUCAUCUUCCUCCCGACUUGCGUGGAAGAGAAUCACCGCAUUCCAUUUGUCUUCUCCGUGAAAACAUGGGGCGUUGUCAUAUUGGAUCCUUUAUAUGAUGACCCAAGUUACCUGGAGGAGGAAGAAAUAGUGACGGAGAUGUUGCCUGAGUUGAUUAGAUUUUGCGAGAGGCGGCAACAUGUUUUGCCAGAGGGCCCAGCUGCAAUUAGUGCCUUGAUCAGAAGGCCAAAGCAAAGCAACUACACUGACUGCGGUAUUUUUGUCAUGAAGUAUAUGGACUAUAUGUUGCAGGGAUUCCACAUACAGUCAAUGACUUGGACGACUUCCGAUGUUGAGACUUUCCGCUAUAGGAUUGCGAAGGAGAUUCAAAGGGGAAAAUCAAGAAUGAUCCCGGGGUUCCUGAUGAAACAAAGGCCGGAGAAUGCUUCUAGGGCUUAG